CAUUUCAAAGAUGUAAUAUUAUUUUAGAAUGUAUCAGUGAUGCCUGAAGAGGAUUCUGUAAUUUUGUCUUCAAUUUGUGCAGCAAUUUCUGGUUUAUCUGUAAAGCAAGUGGAAGAAAAUGAAAUAUUUGAUUUCAGAGGAUUGAGAUUGGAUUGGUUCAGGCUUCAGGCCUACAGUAGCGUUAGCAAAUAUCCUUUAAAUUUACAAGAUCAUCGAGACCUUGCUUCUUUAAUGAAUACAAUUAUCUUUCAUACAAAAAUGGUUGAUUUUCUGGAUGAAAUGUUGGUUGAAACAUCAGAUCUUUCUAUAUUUUGUUUUUUCAGUAAAAUAUUUGAGGACCAAUUUCAUAUGUGUCUAGAAUUUCCAGCUCAAACUAGAUAUAUCAUUGCCUUUCCAUUAAUUUGCAGUCAUUUUAUGAAUUGCACGCAUGAACUAUGUCCUGAAGAGCGUAUUCAUAUAGGAGAUAGAAGUUUGACCAUGGUUAAUGCAUUCCUGGAUGAAAUGUCCAAAGAAGCUAAGAACAUUAUUACAACGAUAUGUGAUGAACAAUGCACUCUCAGUGAUAGAUUACUACCAAAACACUGUGCUCCCCAAAUUGCCCAAGUAGUAAAUAAAAAAAGAAGAGAUAAGAAAAAUAAAGUAGUACAAGAAUUAGACAAACCUGGAACAGAAAGUUAUCGAAGAACACGAGAAGAACUUACAACAAUGGACAAACUUCAUAUGGCAUUGACUGAAUUGUGCUAUGCAAUUAAUUACUGCAGUACGAUCCAUGUUUGGGAACAUACUUUUGCACCUAGAGAAUAUCUAUCGCAGCAUCUAGAAAGUAGAUUUAAUAAGUAGGUUAAAAAUUUUAACUAUAAGCUUAACCAAAAAUUUAGGUAGACCGU